CUUCUUACUAGGCAAGGUUGAGUGACAGGCUUCCGAAGGUCAUAUUUUCAGUAACUGUUCAUUUAUCCGCGAACGUUGCUUUACGUACCCCAUGGAAGUCAGACACAUCACUCACAUUUGAUCGCCUGAUAGGCGCCUUUGUUCACUUGAGAAGUCGUAAGAAGCACAGGGCGUAUCCCAUUGUCCCGCCAAAUCGGUCAAACAAUGAACAAAAUGGCAAAUCCGCAACCGUCACCAAUCGCAGCCAUGCCGCCGAAGCGACGCCAGACGCACGCUUUAGAUCUACUAGCACAAUUCAGCUCGGUCGGGAGCCAUCCAUCUGCAACACAAAUUCGGAGAUUCUCCCACGUUGAGAUACCCUCAAAAACCCCCACAUCAGCACUGCAACGUCCAUCAUAUCCUUUGAUCGAGAGGAAGUCGUCGAGAGUCGGUACACGUCUAUCCAAAAUUCGUCGUGCGCAAGACCAUGUGAAAAAGGCUCUCAAACUAGAACGCUAUCGCAAGGAUCUUAGCAAGGCUAAAAGACGCAAGACUAAAACAAUCCUAAUAUCUGAUACAAUGAGGCCGAAACGUACGAAGCAUGGCAUGGUCGCCAAGGCCAACACUGCUCGAAACCGUGUACGUCAAGACAUAGAAAUGAACACGAUCAAAAGACGAGACCAGUUCCUGCUAGAACACCAGAGCUACUUCAAGCCGCUAUUGCCACACAGCAAUUACAUAACAAAGCUUUCACACACGGCUGGCGGCAACGCACCUGAUACAUUCACCUACGAAGAGCUGGACAAACAGCCUGCAGGCCUUACAGCAACACUGAAGCCAUAUCAAUUGACGGGUCUAUCGUUCUUAGUCUAUCUAUAUCGCAACGGUAUGAACGGGAUCCUUGGUGAUGAGAUGGGCCUCGGGAAAACCUUACAAACAAUCGCCCUGAUGCAAUUCAUUGAAAAUGAACACCCCGUCAACCAUCUCGAAGAAAGAAGACCUUAUCUUGUGAUAUGUCCUCUUAGUGUGUUGUCCUCGUGGAUAUCAGAGGUGCGAAAAUGGGCACCGAAGCUUAAGAUCAUACAGUUGCAUGGAACGGCAGAGGAGCGCAUGUCGCUUAAGAGGGUUGCUACAGGGCUCGACGAUCGCUUCGGCAACGAGAUCGCAAAGUCUCGUAAAGCUUUGAAACUUGACGGCGAGCAGAUCGGAGAAUUCGACAUUAUUGUUACCACGUACGAUAUCUUCCUUAGACAAAAAUCGUGGUUCCAAACAUCGUUUGUAUGGCGCUACGUGAUCCUUGACGAAGGACACAAAAUCAAGAACAACAAAACGAUUAUCGCUGGCGCACUCCAAACCCUGAAGGCCGAGUACAGACUCAUACUGACUGGUACACCACUACAGAACAAUUUGACAGAGCUCUGGGCAUUACUUCACUGGCUCUAUCCGGACGUCUUUGUCGACAGAACUGCAGACUUGUUCCGUGACGCCUUUGAUCUAUCCAAAGGGAAUGUCAGCACGCAAGUCAUGGACCACGCAAGAAGACUAUUGGAAGUUAUUAUGCUCCGAAGGUUGAAAAACUCACCAGGAGUCAAUCUAGGCAUACCUCCAAAAACAGAAGUGCUACUCUAUGUACCACUAACACCCAUGCAAAAGUUUUGGUAUAUGCGACUUCUUACCAAGGCCGGUGAUGCCAUACUAGACGAUCUCUUUUCCGACGUGAAACAAGAAGAAGAAAAGGCUUUGCGGGUUGAGAUAUUGGAGCAAGAAAGAUUAACAAAGGUUGAGCUAUUAUUGCAAGCAAGAGAAUCACAUAGUGAAGCGGCCCAUCAGCGUAGUGCUUUCGACUAUGGCUGGGGAGAAAGCCGAGAAAUUAUGGAAACUGCUCUGGAACUAGAGAAAGCCGAGCAAGAAGCUACCUCAACUAAGUCAACUUGGACGAGAUUAAUGAACCUCAUCAUGCAGCUUCGCAAAUGCUGCACACACCCCUAUCAAUUGCCGAACGCUGCGCCUGAUGGCUACUUGGUAGGAGAACAUAUCGUGCUGGCUUCAGGCAAGUUCAUUGUCUUACGGAAGCUGCUUCAACAUCUUGUUUUUGAGAAACGGAAGAAGGUGUUGAUUUUCUCAGGCUUCCUAGGUGUGCUCAAGUGCGUGGAGGAUGUCCUUGCUUUCAUGGGCUUCCGAGAUGGAGCGGAGCACAACUACUUAACCUUGGACGGCAGUACUUCACGAGCCCGUCGAGAUUUGGCGAUACGAUUAUUCAAUACGACGCCGAACCAUAAUGUCAUACUGAUAUCGACGCGCGCUGGCGGACUAGGCAUCAAUCUGGCCACCGCGACCGAAGUUAUUUUUCUCGAUCAGGACUGGAAUCCCCAAGCAGACAUACAAGCCGAAGCUAGGGCCCACAGAAUUGGACAGACACAGCCAGUAACAGUCUAUAAAAUCUGCACAGCUGGCACAGUCGAAGAGCAAAUGAUGGGUAGAAUUCGAAAGAAGCUUUACCUAUCUGCUAAGAUUACAGAGUCAAUGCAGAGCAUUCACGGCCGAUUGACGUCAAAGAAUACACAUGGACAAGUAGCGUCAGACGCAAUGCCACAACUAAGCAUGUCAGAGCUCAAAUCUUUGCUUCGCAGAGGCGCUCAGACCUUGACUCGUCCACAGGUUGACGUAAACGAAAUGCUUUCGUGGGACGUUGAAACAAUGCUUGAUAAAUGUCGAGACCAACCUGUUGAUUUCCACAACAUGGAUAAUGCAUCAAGUAGACCAGACACGGAUGAAGAGAAAUGGCUCUCGGAGAUGGAGAAGGUCAAGACGGCUGUAUAUGAAGGCAAGCAUUUUCAACAACAGGUGACGGACAAAGAAAUCGAUGCUGUUCUGCCACCAGGGAUUACGAGAGCGGACAGACGCGAAGGCAAAAACACUACUGUUACGGUCGACGGGUGGGAGGUUAGUAAAGAGAGCAUAGAUUGCGGAGAUUGGGAAGCGGUGCCAACUCUCGCAGGAAAGGACCCACGCCUUGCAGAGCCAGUACGCGAAAAAAAACCUGAAAUUGAGCAUGAAUCCAUCUGUCACAUAUGUUGGGACGGUGGCGAACUACACUGCUGUGUUGGCUGCCCGCGGGCGUACCACGCUGAGUGCCUGGACGAGGUGGACCUUGCCGCCAUGACCAGACCAUUUGGAGCCACUUCUUGUCCGCAACACGUCUGUACUCAUUGUUCCAGAAAAGCUUACAUGGCGGGUGGUAUGGUGUUUCGCUGCAGAUUCUGCGAAAAUGCGUUUUGUGAAGAUUGUCUAGACUGGGACAAAACGAAACUCAUUGGCAGCAAUCUUCCUGAAUUUGAGAUGCUAGGCUUUGCAGCUGUUACCCAGGCCUACUACAUCAGCUGCCAGAUCUGUACUGAGCGUUGUGAGACGGACGAUCAGUAUCGUGCCUUUGUUGAAAACGAGACUACAAGGAUCAGAAUAGAGUACGAAGAAUGGCUGGAAUCGCGGAAUAUCGAUGGCUCUCAAUCGGCAGUCUUCGUAACCGACCCUUCUGAUUCCAGCUCCACUCAGGAGAAAGCUGGUAACAGAGUGCCUGGAUUCGACACUUCAUCUUCGCAAACACCGACCGUAUUCGACUCCGCUGCCCGAACACCCUUGUAUAUUAGCAUAGACUCACGCCAAACAGGCAUCAAACGUGGCAUUGAGGUAGACGACCUCGACGAAGCACUCUUAAUCCCGGAGAAGCGCAAAAAGUCCCGUGCGUUGGGAUCGUUCGGGCUCGAUAUCUUGUCUUUCUUCCGCGAUCCCACUUAGUCAGGCACGCACCGUUCUCGAAUCAUGAAGGCCAGUGUGUAUUCAGUCGUGCCAUGGGUUUACUUUCAUUUUCUUGACAUAUUAAUCUCGUGGCGCUGGCUGUGCGUCUUCGGCGAUACCUCAAACAUCGGGAUUGGGAUAUAUCAUAGCACGUAUCGUGCC